AUGGCAACUGCGCACAACUCGCCAAGCAUGGCUGCGGCGAGCAUGUCAGCUCGGGGGCCAAGAUCUGACCACAACUACUACCGGAGCAAGCACAACGCACCUGCGUUGACAUGGAACGACAACCUGGCCCUCAAAGCGCAGACGUGGGCAAACUACCUCGCCGACAAUAAGUACUUCGGACACAGCGACUCGUACACCUGGAAUGGUAAAGGCGACGGUGACGGCCUCGCAAACACAAGCCGAAUGGAGAAAACCGGCAUUACAGGCUCAUUUUAUGCCUCCGGGGAGAACCUUGCGAUGGGGUAUGGGGAGUUCGAUUGCGACGCGUACAGCGGACCGUACAACCAACACUGUGCGGUGUGGGGAUGGUACAGAGAAUACAUGGACUGCUGGUCGAACAAGGACGACAACGGGGGCUGGCGUUCUCCCCGCUGCCCCCCAGAAGGCAUGAUUGGGCACUUCACGGCAAUGGUCUGGAAAGGGGCGACCUGGCUCGGGUAA